CUGAUAGGGUUUAUCAAAAAAAAAAAAAAAAAAACUGGUUCUCCAUCCUGAUUGUAACGCCGCCUGUCUCUUCUCUAGAUCCAAUGGCACCUAAGAAGGACAAAGUUCCUCCUCCGUCGUCUAAACCCGCCAAAUCAGGUGGUGGCAAGCAAAAGAAAAAGAAGUGGAGCAAAGGAAAGCAGAAGGAGAAAGUGAACAACAUGGUUCUAUUUGACCAAGCUACUUACGACAAGCUUCUCUCUGAGGCUCCCAAGUUCAAAUUAACCACCCCCUCUAUUCUCUCCGACCGUUUGAGGAUCAAUGGAUCUCUUGCUCGGAGGGCGAUCAGAGAGUUGAUGGCUAAGGGAACGAUCAGGAUGGUCUCUGCUCACUGAAGCCGGCAGAUCUACACUAGGGCAACCCACAACUAGUUUCUUUCGACUGUGUUUGCUGUAUAUCUAUCUUUAUCCAGUGGCUUAAUGAACCAUUAUCCUCCUAGAAUGAACCUUAACUUGCAUACCUUGGAAUUUUACUGUUUAAUUCUAUGAGAAUAUGGAGACAAUUUUUUUAAUCAAGAUUCUUGAAGUUUACUU